UCGACAAUCACAAAACUGCAGGCUGUGGUGUGCUCCGACGGGAGGUUUCGCGUGAUGAGAGAGGCGCUGCACCGUUGCGAUCCACCCUGCAUUCCGUACCUGGGCAUGUAUCUAACUGACCUCUCGUUCAUCGAGGAGGGCACACCGGACUUUACACCGGACCGUUUGCUGAAUUUUUCCAAAAUGCGAAUGAUCGCACAUGUGAUACGGGAGAUUCGCCAUUUCCAACAGACGCCGUACAAAAUCGAUCACAUACCGAAAGUUACAUCCUACCUCUUGGAUACAUCGUUGCUGCUGGACGACGACGAACUGUACCAAAAAUCGCUACUGAUAGAACCGCGGAGUUCGCGUCUCAGUGCACCCAAUACGGCAAAUGUUUAAAUUUUACAUAUCUGGCCGAGUGUGUUGCAUACACAUACACACAAGGAAACCAGGCGAUUCCAUCCGAAAAUAUUAGAAGAAGAGAAGUGGACGUGGUUUGAAAAGGGUUCAUUCUACAAUGAAGUGCAUGUGAGUGACUAGUUGGGUCGGAGAUUGUGAUAAAUGUUUGAAGUGCAUGGAAAUUAUGGAGCAGUGACAUUGGCAUUCGAUAACUUGUGGCAGCAGCAAUCGUACAUCGGACGAACGGAAUGGGAUCCAUUGGUUUGCAGAAGGAUCCACUCAAUUAUAACUUCUGCCUAGCAACUAUAGCGAAUCGACCAGCAGGACCAAAAUGCUAUGUUAAAGUGUUCUGAUCACAAACAGCAAAAAAGAAAAAAAAAAAACGGAACUGACGCCUGACUCAUCAAGGUACUCUUCGACAGCAAUGAGAAGUAAAAAAAUCUCUUCCUCAAAAGACAAAGAACAGGAAAAAGCGUGUUCCACAUCGCACUAUGGCUUUCGCUAGAUGCUACAACGUUAGACCACGAGGAUGCACCGUGUAGGUAGAAGUGUGAAGAACCCCCGCCGACCGACGGGAUACCCGAUGGUAACAUAAAUCAAUGCAAUCAAAGUUCGUUCGUCGUCUGAUGAUGAUGCUGAUGCCCGAGAUAAUUACCUUUACAAAGUUCAAUCAGGACUUUAUUGCUCUGCGUCGAUGUGAAAAGCCGAUGAAGUGAACGGUUUUUUCCCCUGUGAAGUUUCAAAGAGACUACUUUAACGGUCAGGAUGAAUAAAAGGGACACCGUGGAUCGGGUAGCAGUUCUUUGAUAGAUGUGACACAGGUCACACAUGAAGUAAAACAAUCCUUAAAGGCUGUUUCUAAAUUUAACAAAACUAGUUCAAAACAGAUUUCAAUUCCACAUAUUUAACAUGAUUUAACAACACAAUGCUCGAAAAUUCUUCCCAAAUCCAAAAUAAUGUUGAAAAUUUUCUACUUCCAGUAUACAGUUGAAAACCUUUGCACAAUACAACACAAUUAAUCAAAUUUUAUCAAUAAUCUCUCUCGCCUUCGGCCGUACAUGACAGCUUUCAACAUUAUUAAAAUUUACAAUAUGAUUCCGAUAAUUAAUGCAACAACACCUUCGUAGGUUUAGAAUUAUAAAGAAAGUAGAUUGUUAUGCUGGUCAUAACUUAUUAUUGGACUUGUGAAUAUUUGCACUAGGAAUAAUAAUAAGAAGAAGAAUAGUUAGAUCUCCAUUGGACAGAGAAAUACUAUGAUAGAGCAUUUACUAUUUGUUUUGUUCAGAUUGGAUCGACUGGAGUGCGGAUGAAUUUCUACUAGAAAAGAAAAAAGUAUAAAUAGAACUCUACAUAUCUACCAAAUGACUCAAUUUAUAAACCAAAUCAAGGAACGGAACUCAAUGUUAACCUCUUUGUUAGUAUAACCAGGUAAAGCAGAACGGAAGGUAGCAACCAACUCGUGAUACUUUCUCGAUAAAUUUAUUAACAUUCCUCACAUCUUCUUAUGAACACAAUAAAAUACAAACCUGGCAUGACAGACUGCCAUGCUGCAAGAGGCAGAACUAGAAGUGGAGUAGAGCUAGGCUAGAGAAAACUGUUUUCCAUAUCUAUACGAUUCGAUCGGUACUUUGCGGUAGAAAAUUAAGAGAGAAGAAUUUAAUAAAUCAGAUUGAUAUUAUUCGAUUGUUGGAAACGAGAAAUGUGGCCAUUCCAUUAAUGCGCUAACUCAUUAAGCUUGGUGUUAUCGUUGGAUCUCCAGCGGACUCCGUGUUUUCCGUUUCUGUUUAUUUCGAACUACGAAGAAAGGAUGGGAAGCGAGAAAGGUUCAAACCUAAGGAAUCCAGGAGCUUAGCUAAACGUCGAAUGCAAAAACCAAUUGUGAUGUAUUACCUAUAUAAAGUAACAUUUCUACUAAUCGAAAUUGUCAUCUUGGAGAAAUCAAACCCAAAUGAUACUAUUCAUCAAGUGUAUCAAAUCUGCUGGACUGAUUGAAAACAAUCCUUAGAAUAAGUACCGUGAGGGUCCCUUUUACCUGUUAACUAUCUGUUGAAAUGUUGAUAUAAGAGCGUGCGUAGAGUUUAG